CAUGCGAGAGUGAUGGUCAGUGAGUCGCGCGGGUCUCUGGAGGAUCAUGUUGAUUUUAAUCGCACGGUUAUUGUUGUUAUUCAUGACGGUGGUGUGGCUCAUGGCGGAGGGAAAGGCACCUCCGCCAUAUAGACCUGAAGGAAAACUAUGUAAUAACGCCACCUCUGAAUAUUACAUGAAAAAACUGGGACUUUGCUGCAGUAAAUGCAAACCAGGGACUCGUUUGACUGUGGCUUGCAGUAUUUCUUCGGACACCAUCUGUGAACCCUGCGCUGGUGGACUGUACUCAGAGAGUAUGAACCAUUAUCCCAAUUGUUUCAAGUGUCCAACAUGUAAAGAGGAGAAAGGACUGAUGUACGGCACAAACUGCUCUGCUGAUACCAAAGCUGUUUGUGUUUGCAAGCCUGGAAUGUACUGUUCGAAGUAUGGUUUGUCUUCUGAAUGUGAGGAAUGUAAAAAACACAAAUCCUGCAAACCCGGCGAAGGUGCUGAAAGAAAAGGAUCACCUACAACUGAUGUGAAGUGUGCACCGUGUCCAAUUGGGACGUUUUCAGACCGCAGUGGUUCUGAGCCAUGCAGACCACACACUCAAUGUGAAGGUAGUGCAGUUUUAAGAGUUGGCAACUCUACAGAUGACACAGUUUGUAAAAUGAAACCACUAGAAGGAACAUCAAAAGUUCAUAUGCAGACUUCAAGCAAGCCUAAACCAACUGGAACACCGGAAAUGUGGCCCAUGAAUACUGACAGCACAUCAACUGUUACUGUAUUGAGCAGCGACGUCAAACACAGCAGAGCAGCAACGACAAACACACAAGAGACCCCACGCAACCCUCAGCCGGACUACAUGAUCAUCAUCUGCAUCACUGGUGCUGUUGUGCUGGUUUUGCUGAUUCUGGUUAUGACAGUGGUUACUUGCAAGAUACGAGAACGAAAAGCAGGUUUAACAAAAGUUCCCAUCACAGAUACCAACACGGUGGAGCAGGAUCCCUCACAGAGCAGCACACCUGACCAUCAGCAUCUGUUACAUGUGGACAGAACUCAGACGGAGCCGUCCAUGAGCUCAUCUGACAGUCAGAGUCAGCCGGACUGCAGUCAGAGCCACAGCAGCAGUGAGUGGCUGGAGCGCAGCAGUCAGGACGAAUGUCCAUCCGUCUCCAGUCCUGUACUCAAUCUUAGCAUCACGGCCACCUUCAACUGCCAGCUCAACCCGGCUGCGGCGUCCUGCUCCAUCCCCAUCAACCCGUCCACUCUGAUGCCACACGCUGAAGCCCCGGUACCGCUUUCUCAAGAGGAGGUCUGUAUAUCAACCUGCCAACAAGAGGACGGCAAAGAAGCGCUGCAGUCGGUGCAGGAGAGCGGCCCGUUCUUAUACUGAACAUCACACGCUUCCAUUUACAUCAAUGCAUUUCCAUUAAAAAGGUUGGAUUGUGGCACACCAAGCUGACGCCAAACACCCGGCAUCGCAAGAGGAUGUGUUCCUCUGCUCCACAGGGGGAAGUGUCUGUUUUCUCAUUUCGCAAUGGGAAACCGAAUUUCCGAAGUGCACAGGCAAAGAGUAAACAAAGGAGUAUUUAGUACCAUAAUCACAGUAACCGUCACUCACCAUAGAGGGAUUCGCUCGUGCAAAUAUGUUUGAUAAUCUAAUAAUCCAUAUCAUUUGGAAGUAUGUGAGAAAUGUAGUAAGAUUACAGUCAGCCUCUUUGGGAUCUUUCAUGACUUAAAUUGUUUACCUGCUGCGUCACUUCAAUACAUCACACUCCUGCUCUGAUUUCCUUCAGCCGAUGCCGAUUGGACAUGCUGAAUUGAACCAACGAGCUCCAAUGUUAACCUGAUGGGCCGGAACACCAAGCUGAUGCCAAACAACUAGCACCAACGAAACCCAACUGUGUUGUUGCCUCAUGUUGGAUUCCAUCUGGACCAAAAAAUUCCAUGUAAACGCAUCAAAAAUACCAAAGCCUAGUAAAACAAGAGCCGCGCUCUGUGCCUAUGCAAGAGGGCAUGUCUUUCUGCACACUGGUGGUGGAUGGGGAGAUUCCCCCCCGAUGUGUAAAGCGCUUUGAGUGCCCAGCAAAGCGCUAUAUAAAUGUAAGGAAUUAUUAUUUCUGCACCAGUAGGGGGCAGUGUCUGUUUUCUUGUUCUGCAAAGGGAAACCGAACUUCUGACUUGCUCAGACAAAAUGUAAACAAAGUAGCAGUCAGUUCCAUUAUUACAAAAAUUGUUACUCACCACAGCGGGAUUCACUCAUGCAAAUAUGUUUGAUAAUUCACAUUGUUUGCAAGAAAUGUAGCGAUAUUACAGUCGGCCUCUUUGUGAUCCUUUUUGGCACAGUUUACUCGCUGUGGCACUUCCAUAUGUCACACUCAUGGUCUGAUUCAUUGCUGAAUAACCAGUAAGAGCGCUCUCUCCAGCCGACAGUGAUUGGACAUGCUGAAUUGGGUCAAUGAGAUCCAAUGUUAACCCUAUGGAUUGGGACACACCAAACCGAUGGCACUGCUAGCGAAAAACAAAACUCAACUGUCAUGUCACCUCACGUUGGAUUACGUCUGGACCAAAAAACUGCCCAUGACCACACCAAAUGGACAGUUGGACAUGCUGAAUUGGGCCAACUGGGACACACCAAGUCAACGCCAAACAACUAGCACCAACAAAAUCUAACGGUGUUGUCGCCUCGUGUUGGAUUACCUCUGGCCCAAAAAGCUGUGCAUGAACACACCAAACGGAUGAUUGAACAUACUGAAUUGGGCCAACCUGGACACAUCAAGCCAACGGCAAACAAUUAGCACCAACGAAGUCUAACUAUGUUGUCGCCUCGCGUUGAAUUAUGUCUGGCCCAAAAAGCUGUGCGUAAACACACCAAACGGAUUAUAGGACAUGAUGAAUUGGGCCAACAGGGAGACACCAAGCUGACGCCAAAAAACUAGCACCAACAAUAUCUAACUGUUGUCGCCUUGUGUUGGAUCACGUCUGGACCAAAAAACUGCUCGUGACCACACCAAACCGAUGAUAGGACAUGAUGAAUUGGGCUAACUGGGACACAUCAAGCUAACUCCAAACAACUAGCACUGAUGAAACGCAACUGUGUUGUUGCUUCGCGUUGGAUCACAUCUGGCCCAAAAGCUGCCUGUGACCACACCCAACGGACGAUUGUACAUGCUAAAUUGGGCCAAUGAGAUUCAAUGUUAACCUUAUGGGCCGGUACACAUUAAACCGAUGCCAAACUGAUAGCGAAAAAUGAAACCCAACUGUGUUGUCUCGUGUUGGAUCACAUCUGGACCAAAAAACUGCUAAUGACACCAAACAGAUGAUUGGACAUGCUGAAUUGGGCCAACCGGGACACACCAAGCCAAUGCCAAACAACUACCACCAACAAAAUUCAAGUGUUGUCGCCUCAUGUUGGAUCACGUCUGGCCCAAAAAACUGCCCGUGACCACACCAAAAGAACGAUUAGACAUGCUGAAUUGGGCCAACCGGGACACACCAAGCUAACUCCAAACAACUAGCACUGAUGAAACCCAGCUGUGUUGUUGCCUCGAGUUAGAUCACGUCUGGACCAAAAAACUGCCUGACCACACCAAACGAAUGAUUGGACAUGCUGAAUUGGGCCAAUGAGAUCCAAUGUUAACCUCAUGGGCCGGUACACAUUAAACCAAUACUGAUAGCGAAAAAUUAAACCCAACUGUGUUGUCGCCUCAUGUUUGAUCACAUCUGGACCAAAAAACUGCUCAUGACCACACCAAACAGAUCAUUGGACAUGCUGAAUUGGGUCAACCGGGACACACCAAGCUAACUCCAAACAUCUAGGACUGACGAAACCCAACUGUGUUGUUUCCUCGCGUUGGAUCACAUCUGGCCCAAAAACUGCUUGUGACCACACCAAACGGACGAUUAGACAUGCUGAAUUGGGCCAACCGGGACACACCAAGCUAAUGCCAAACAACUAGCACCAACGAAACCCAAAUGUGUGGUCGCCUCACGUCUCCGCCAAAACAUAGCUGUGCGUGAAAACACCAAACAAAAAGCAGACUAAAAGGAGAGCUAAGUUCUGCACCUUGUCUUCCCGCUCUGCAGGGGGCAGCAGAGUCUGUUUUCUUAAACUUCUGCGCACACAGACAAAGUGUAAACAUAGUAGCGUUUAGCUUCAUUAUCACAGUAAUUACCAUUGAAUUCACUUGUGCAAAUAUUUCUCAAAUUUGAGAAUCUUAUUAUUUUUCUUUUUCGCUUGAAUUCUUUACUUGCUAAGUCACUUCUCUAAGUCACACUCGCGCUAAAUAGCCAAUCAGAUUGCUUUCUUUAGCUAAUGCCAAUUUGACUUUAAAAAGUGAGUAAACCCGUUGCUUUUAAAGCGAUUAGUUGACUUUACUUUUAAAAAAAAUGUGCAAACCCACACUGUAAAAAAAUGGUGGGUUCCACACAAUUCAUUCAUGUUGUCCCAAAAGAAAUUAAGUUAACUUAACACUUUUUAUUAAAUUUGAGGAUUGAACAUAAAAAAUUAAGUUGUCCCAAUGAAAUCUGAAGAAUUGUGUUGUUUCAGCUCAUUUUAAAUAAGUAGUUUGAAUGAGCAAAACAUAUUUUUUGAGUGCUUUGCUUAAUAAGAGAUUAGUUGACUCUACUUUAAAAAGUGAGUAAACCCAGUGUUUUUUAAGAGAUCAGUUAUACUUACUUUAAGUGAGUAAACCCAAUGUUUUUUAAUUGAUUAGUUGUACUUGCUUAACAAAGUGAGUAAACCCAGUGCUUUUAAAGUAAAGUCAACUAAUUGCUUAAAAACCAGUGGGUUUACUCACUCUUUUUAAGUAAAGUUAACCAAUCGCUUUUUACAGUGUACAUUUGCUUCUUUAGUCAAAUGAAUGUUUUUAAGAAAUCAGGAUGGUUGAAGAGUGAUUUAAUAGUUUAUUUGAUUAGAGUAAAUGACACAAACUUAAUUACCAGGGCAUUCAGAUUAACAUUAACAAAAUGCAUCAGACUUUCUGCCAUUCUGCAAAUCCAUUCACCAAACAGGUUAUGCAGAGGAAAUGAUAAUCAUUUAAAAAUACCAAAUAUUGGUCUAUAUUGGUUGACCUAUAGUCUUGAUUCUGUACAUUAGUGAAGUUUAAUUAUUUAAUAUCUUUACUUGAUUCUGUAAUUGACAAACAUCGGGAUCAUAAAAUGCUCCUAAAGUGUAGAUGAGUUCAGAUGUAGGAAGUUUGCACCACCUAGUGGUUAUGUUCUCUACCUCCAUUACAAACUGUCAUUCGGUUUGUUUGUUUUUAUAUUUUGUGGCAUUUUUAUGAGUAAUUUUGUGAGUGGAAUGAGAAAUUAACCCCAUGAUAUAACACAGCUUUGUCAAACUUAAAGAUAACAAUAGAAGAUGAAUGUAUUUCUUAUAUAUGUAUAUGUGUAUGUGUAUAUAUAUGUG